AUGGCAGGAAUAAUGUCUGAGGUAACCCUGAAGCUUCAAAUCAAAACGAGCAAAGUGACUGAGAAAAAUAUACAAAGUCAGCUAAGAAAGAUCAUGAUGGCAUGGUCUUGCUUUUAUGACUUGUCUAAUGGAUGUGAUAAGUGGGCUCUUCAAAAAUUUUUUAAUUGGAAAGAUGAUCCUGCAUACUUAUCAAAAAAUAUAAUGCUUAUAGAAUUAAAAAGUAUCAUCUACUGCAUGGGUGCAAAAUUUUAUGAUGAAGAAACUGCAAAAUAUUUAUAUAGUUUUUCCAAAACUCAAACGAUUACUACAGGAGAAGCAUUAAGACUUUUAAGAGGAGUGGCAUGUACAAGUAAAUUUAUGACAUUUAUGGAGAUAUUGAAUGAUAUAUUUGAUAUCAAUAAUCCAACAUUUUCAUUUCUGAAGCUGAAAGAAUUUGUAUUAUCCCUAAAGCAGUCACAUUUUAAUUCAUUAUUAAGCUUUCGGUACCUAAAGCACUUUUGGAAAACAAUAUAUGAACGAUUUCAUAAAUCAAAUGGUAUAUUAAAUGCUAUCAUAGAAGGAGCCACAUACUUUUUAAGAACUAAAGAACAAUAUAAUGAGGUACUUACUUUGAGAAACUCAGUUCCGGAAACUGAUUACAGCACUCUAGCCAGUUUAGACCAAGCGAUUGAUCAAAUAGUUUAUAAUAUUAACUGGGAUAUAAGAAAUCUCAAAAAAUUUAGAAAGUGGCUCGUAUUUUAUAAUAAAACCCUUAUCUAG